AUGACGGUUCAAGAAUUUGGUGUCUGGGUCGACAAUUACGCCACCCAUUUCGGGCUCAAGGAUCCUCUUCAACCGAUGGUGACGAUGGAGGAGUUCGAUACCUUCCUCAAUGAGGUACAGGCAGAUCUCGAACGAGCCGAAGAAUGCGCAGAUUCCUCGGCAUCACUGGACUCUGCCCAUGUCUGCACCCUCGCGCGCAAAACAGACAGAGACUCCUUCGUCGACGACCUCCUCUCACAGUUGACCGUCACGGAACUCGCCCACCAACUGCACCUAACCUUCGCCGACAACAUCAUCGGCCCCAGCUCCACGAACGAGCUCUACGACGCGUACAUCGGCCCGUCGGGGAUCGGGCUCAUCCACGACUGGUACCCGACGAACCAGUCACAGUACAACGACCUCCAGGCGCUGCACCUCUCGAGAGCGCGCGUGCCCAUCCCGCUCCUGCAGACGGCGGAGUGCCUGCACGGCGUCGGCUCAUUUCGCCAGUCGCUAUUCCCCUCCCCGAUCGGCCUCGCGGCGAGCUUCGACCCGGAGCUGAUGUAUCACGUCGGGCGGGCGAUUGGGGCUGAGGCGAGCUCGAUCGGCGUGCGGGCGUGUUUUUCACCCGUGCUUGAUCUGGGGAAGGACCCGCGAUGGGGCAGGGUGCAAGAGGACUUAGGCGAAGAUUUCGUUCUGACGACCCACAUGGGCGUCGCGUACGCGCGCGGGCUUUCCAAGAAUGGCACCUGGUCUGCCCACGACGCCGUCAUCCCGGUCAUGAAACACUUUGCAGGCCACGGGAGUCCCAGUGGCGGUGUGAACGCCGGGCCGUUCACGGGCUUUGGCAUCCGACAGAUCAUGUCAGAGAUGCUUGUUCCUUUCAAAGCAGUGGUGGAAAUAGGGGGAGCACGCGGCGUGAUGAUGGCAUAUCAUGAUAUAGAUGGUGUUCCGUGUGUUGUUGAUUCCGAUCUAUACGAAGCGCUCGAUUCGUGGAAUUUUGAUGGUUUCGUUCUCGGAGACGACGUUUCAAUCCGAAAUUUACAGUACCUACAUAGGGUUGCCGACUCGCCUGCAAGCGCAAUCUCACAGUGGCUCAACGCCGGCGGCGCGGUCCAGUACUAUGACUAUUCUCUCGACGUGUGGCGUGAUGCCAUCCUCGGUCUCGUGGACAACAAGACGGUCAGCGAAGCUACUCUGCGCCAACGAGUCCGAGGCGUCCUCAACGCGAAAUGGGAACUCGGACUGUUCGACGACCCGUACAUACCCGGGAAUGUGUCUGUGGAGGGACUAGUCGAGGCGCACGAUGGGUUGACCCUGGAGGCUGCUGAGCAUUCAAUCGUCCUAUUAGAGAACAGACGUGACACGCUCCCUCUACGGCCUUCGGAACAGGGCAUCCAGAAGAUCGCGUUGGUGGGCCCUAUGGCUGACACGUUCAACUUUGGCGACUAUUCAGGCCCUUGGGGCAGCGGGCCCAUUGACCGCGCGACGACAAUUCGGGAUGGUAUCUCGGAAUAUCUAAAAGCAAACGCUUCGUUCGUGAAUCUAGUCACCAGUUGGGGCGCCAACACUUGGCUGUACAAUGGACAGUAUCCCAUACCUCGUAGCCUGUUGUCCUCGCCAAACGGGACGCGAGGAGGCCUGUUGACCACUUACUACUCUGACACCCAAUUCUCGCAGCCCGCGUUCCAGACAAUUCAAGUCCCCAAUAUGCAGUGGGGGCUGUAUCCUCCCAACGGCUUGCCAUCGAACAACUUCUCUGCCGUGUGGGAGGGUCACUUCACUGUCCCUUCAGAUGCCGAUGGCUGGCUCGGUCUGGCUAUCGGCCCCAACUCGACAGCUUCACUUGAAGUCGACGGCUCCCCCGUCGUCGAGGUCCCGUAUUCAUCGCAAGGCACCUUCAUCGGAAAUAUCGAGCCCCGCUCCUUCACCCGCGUCAACUCCACGCUGGGGCCCCCGGGGUGCGCGCCGUUCGCGUUCAGAGCGGGCGCGACGCAUUCUGUGCGCGUGCGCUUCCAAGUCUGGAAUAACGCUCAGAAGGUCGAGAACGUCGAUAGCCUCAACGCGCAGGUUCAGCUCGUCUGGAACUUGGUCGACCGCGGAGACCCCGUCGGACUCGCUACACGCGCAGCGGAGGACGCCGACGUCAUUGUCUUCGCGGGCGGCGGGGCGUGGAACAGCGAUGGUGAGAAUGGGGACAGAGCGACGCUGUCCCUGUCGGCGAACCAAACUCGUCUCCUUGACAAGAUAUUCGAGCUGGGCAAGCCAGUCGUGAUGGUGCUAGAAGGCGGGAGGCCAUUUGCCAUUCCGGACUAUUAUGCGCGCGCGGCUGCGGUGCUGUAUGCAUAUUUUCCAGGACAGCAAGGUGGCCGAGCGAUCGCCAACGUCCUCUUCGGGCUGUUCAACCCCGGUGGCCGUCUCCCUCUCUCCAUCCCUCCAUCCGUCGGCUCUCUCCCCGCGAUAUACAACUACAAGCAGUCGGCCCACGUCGUUGACUACAUUGACGUCGACUCCUAUUCCGCGUACUCCUUUGGGUACGGGCUUUCCUACUCCACGUUUUCCCGCUUGGGCUUCAGCGCCUCGUCCUCUCGAACUGAUCUACCAACGGCGUUCACUGCAAACGAUACCAUUACCUUCCACUUGACUGUCCAAAACGUGGGGCCGCUUCCGGGGAGCGACGUGCCCCAGGUAUAUCUGCUCUCUAGGGUAUCAUCUGUUGUCCAGCCUUUGAGACAGCUGGUCGCUUUCCAGCGCGUCUACCUGGACGUCGGCGAGAAGAGAGAGGUCGAGAUGACCUUGGAUCCCUCUCGAUUGCUCCUCACAUACACUCGGUCCAAGACAUGGGAGGUAGAGCAGGGAGAAUAUACUUUUGCUCUGACCACUUCCGAUCGCGGCGGAGAUGUUGGAGUGAACGCGACUCUGACUGCCCUCUGA